AAAAAUAAAUAAAAUUUCAUAUCAACUCCACUUAUUAUGGCCAUUUUGCGUUGCCUUAAACUUGAUUCCUGUACAAUUUUACUGAUAAUUACAAAUAUCCUUCUCCAGAUUACUCCAGCCUCAACAGAGACAGCCAUCCUUAAAGCUCAUUACCCACUAACUUUACCUUCCGCCUCCUUUGUGGACCCGUCCAUUCUUCGUCGUAAGCGUCUCGAAGCGAACGCGGCGGCUGUUCGGCAGCAGUUGCAACAUCAAAGGGAUGUACAGGUCGAAAAUGUUGGGGGGCUGUUGGGUCCACUGCCUUCAAUAAAUACAGGAAAUGAUGCUACUGGAAGGGUAAUAGACUCAAUACAAUGCAGGGCUGUGAUGGUCACUUGCGACUUUCGGCGAAGUUUAGCCUUUUUUGGCGUUUUUCUGUCUUUCUUUUACAAGCGAAUUUCGCCUUCUCGGUGAGAGACGAAAUACGAAAGUUAAAUUAAAAAUAGGGUUGGGGUUUUCGAGUCAUUUGUUGAGUGCCUCAUUUUUAUCGAGGCCGGUCCGGGUCUUUUUUGGGCUUCAUUCUUAUUGGACCGGACCGACCGAGCCCCCAAUCCUAAUUAAAAAGCGAAGGACGAAAGAAACCCACCAAUAAAUGCGAAAAAUUUGGUGAAAUGCGAAAGUGAACGGCACAUCCCUGUUACAAAGUAUACCCCUAAAAAUGAAUUUAGCAACCACCCAACAAUGUUCAAAACGUUUUGGGG